AUGUCAGACAUCGAAGAAGUGGAGGAGUACGAGGAGCAGGAGGAGGCUCAUGAGGAGGAAGCAGGAGGAGAGGAAGAGACCACUCAGGAACAUGAUGGUGAAGAGGAGACAGAAGAUGGAGGAGAAGAAGCUAAACCCAAAUUCCUAAAACCUUUUAUGUUGCCGAACCUGGUGCCCCCAAAGAUUCCAGAUGGAGAAAGAGUUGAUUUUGAUGACAUCCAUCGCAAGCGUAUGGAGAAGGACCUGAAUGAGCUCCAGACGCUGAUUGAAGCUCACUUUGAAAGCCGUAAGAAGGAGGAGGAGGAAUUCAUCAGUCUUAAAGAGAGGAUUGAGAAACGGCGCUCCGAGCGAGCAGAGCAGCAGAGGAUCCGCAGCGAGCGCGAGAGGGAACGACAGAAGUGUCUGGAAGAAGAAAGAGCUCGCAAGGAGGAAGAGGAAGCCAAAAAGAGAGCGGAGGACGAUGCCAAGAAGAAGAAGACGCUCACCAGUCUGCACUUCGGUGGUUACAUGCAGAAGAUAGAAAGACGGAGUGGAAAGAAACAGACUGAGAGAGAGAAGAAGAAGAAGAUUCUUAGCGAUCGGCGCAAACCUUUGGACACUGACAAUGCCAGCGACUCUGCUCUCAGGGAGAAAGCAAAGGAACUGUGGAGUUGGAUGUGUCAACUAGAAGCAGAGAAGUUUGAGUUACAGUACCAGUUUACCCAUCAGAAAUAUGACAUCAAUGUCCUGAGGAACAGAGUCAGUGAUCACCAGAAAACGACAAAGACCAAGAGAGGCCUCAGGAAGUGAAUCGACUCGACUCCUCACAAACCCACAGAGAUCAUGAAGAGACUGUCCUGGAGAGCUGUGUAUAGUAUUCUGAUGCGUUUAGUUAGUCCUCACUGAAUAAACACUGUAGAUUUUGAUUGAACAACUAAACAAAAAAAAAAAAAAAAAAAAAAAAUGA